UGAACCUGGGCCUGGCAUGUUACUUCAUUAAGACCUGUGGUGCUUGUGAUAUCUCUUAGUUCAGUUGUGUGUCAGUGCCUUCAGUGUACUCUAUUAAAUACUAAAGCAUCGCUGACUUGUAUUUUGGAGAACUAGUGUGCUUUGGAGUUUGUUUGUUUUUUUCUUCUGAGAACGUGUUGAGUGGUGUUCAAAAGAAAUCACCAUGCCGCCUGCAGUUGGCGGUCCUGUGGGUUACACUCCUCCAGAGGGGGGCUGGGGUUGGGCAGUUGUGGUUGGUGCCUUCAUCUCUAUUGGUUUCUCCUAUGCCUUCCCAAAGUCCAUCACUGUGUUCUUCAAAGAGAUUGAAGUGAUCUUUCAAGCCACCAGUAGCCAAGUCUCCUGGAUCUCAUCCAUCAUGCUAGCUGUCAUGUAUGGAGCAGGUCCUAUCAGCAGUAUUCUGGUGAAUAAGUAUGGGAGUCGUCCGAUCAUGAUAGCAGGGGGUUGCCUGUCAGGAGCUGGACUUAUUGGUGCAUCUUUCUGCAACACAGUGGAGGGCUUGUAUUUCUUUGUGGGUGUUGUAGGAGGUUUGGGACUCGCGUUCAAUCUCAACCCAGCCCUUACUAUGAUUGGCAAAUAUUUCUACAAAAGAAGGCCCAUUGCAAAUGGCAUUGCCAUGGCUGGUAGCCCUGUGUUUCUGUCCACGUUAGCCCCUCUGAACAGUUGGUUUUAUGACCACUUUGGUUGGAGGGGUAGCUUCCUAAUCCUGGGUGGACUUCUGUUCAACUGUUGCGUAGCUGGAUCUCUCAUGAGGCCUAUAGGGCCAAAACCCAAACCUGCUGUGAAGGGAGUUAGUGCUGAUGGAGAGAAGAAGACAGUGAUGCAGCUUAUCAACAGUCUCAUUGAUCUGUCUCUCUUCAAACACCGUGGAUUCAUCCUGUACCUCAUAGGCAAUAUUGUCAUGUUCUUUGGCCUUUUCACACCCCUAGUAUUCCUCAGUAAUUUUGCCAAAAGUAGGGGUAUUACAAAGGACAAAGCAGCUUUUUUACUUUCAGUGCUGGCCUUUGUGGACAUGGUGGUGCGGCCAUCCAUGGGAACAGUGGCCAACACCAAGUGGGUACGACCUAGGAUACAGUAUUUCUUUGCAGCCUCCAUUCUAUUUAACGGUGUGUGCCAUGUUCUUGCACCUCUUUCAGUUGAUUACCUAGGGUUUGUUAUCUAUUCGGUCUUCUUUGGGUUUGGGUUUGGGUGGCUGAGCUGUGUGCUAUUUGAGACCCUGAUGGACUUGGUGGGAACCCAGCGUUUCUCCAGUGCUGUGGGCCUGGUCACCAUUGUGGAGUGUGGACCAGUGUUAAUUAGCCCUCCACUGCUGGGAAAAUUUAAUGACAUCUACCAUGACUACAAGUACACUUACAUAACCUGUGGAAUAUUCCUGAUGGUUGCAAGCAUGUUCCUUUUUAUCUGCAUGAGCAUUAACUACAGGCUACUGGAUAAGGAAGCAAAGGAGGAAGCUAGAAAAUCUCAGCUAACAGGAAAAGAGGAAGAAUCCACCAUAGACAUUGCAGACAAGGAGACAGCUGCUGCUGCACUGAGAGUAAACAGAGAAGCUAAAACAGCAGAAGACACUGUGUGACUUCCCCUAUCCAGACAUGACUGUACACUUUUGUGGAACUAUAUGUCAUGCAUUUCUGCAUUAUUAUUAUUAUUAUUAUUAUUACUAUUAUUAUUAUGCAAUAUUUCCAUGCAUAAAAAUAUCACUGAGAGGACACAAUACAAGGUGGUUCAGUGCAUAAAAACAUUUUAGAAAUGUUAAUGUUUGACAUUAUUUUAACUGACCCUAAGAGAUUUUCUCCUCUUUUUUUUAUUUGUAUCACAGUCAAAAGUAGUCUAAAAAUAUGGUAUUUAUAAGGGUAUUACAAUAGCUAGCACUAAUAAAACAGUAUUUUAAAUGUCUUUAUUUAUUUUUUGAGUAAACUUAGAUUUUAUGUUUAUAGUCUCCUGUUAAGUUAUAACAAAGGGUUGACAAGUUACUAUAUGAUAUGGCCAAAAGUAUGUGAACACCUGACCAUCCCACCCACAUGUUCUUCCCUAAACAGUUUCCACAAUGGUGGAAGCACACAGUUGUAUAGAAUGUCUUCUAUGUAUAGAAUGCUGUAGCAUUACAAUUUCCCUUGACUGGAACUAAGGGGCAUAAACAUGUACAAAGCGAGGUCCAUGAAGACACGGCUUGCCAAUGCUUGCCAAUGCCUCCACGCCCAACAUCAGUGCCUGACCUUACUAAUGCUCUUGUGCUGGAAUGAGAAAAACCCCAUAGCCAUGCUUCAAAAUUUAGUGGAAAGACUUCUUAGAAGAAUGGAAGUUAUUAUAACAGCAAAGGGGUAUUAAAUCCGGAUUGGGAUGUUCAGAAAGCACAUAUAGGUGUGAUGGUCAGCCUUUUGGCCAUGUAGUGUAUUUUAAUGCUUUGCAGUAAUACAUUAAUGAACUGAUAAGAUAUGUUUAAAGAACAACCAAUCAUGGGCAUUUUGAAAAAUGGGAGUACUGAUUUUCUGACGCCUUCGUUCGGCAUCAUACUUGUGAUUAAGUAACUGAAUAAAAAUAUGAUCAGAAAGAUCAAAAUCUGUG